GCUUGAUUCUCUUCUAGAAGAGAUUAAAAAUGACCCCCGAAGAAAAGCGGGAAAAGGUUUCUGAAUUUUCCCUGACUCAAGCGGUUAAGUACAGAACGACCCGGGACUUUGGACGGAGUUUCCCGCAUUUUCUAGUUUACGCACAACUUAAACCUCAGCCGUUCAAGGAUACACAUUUAGAAGACUUUCUUAGUGUUGUUUACGCAUUCAGUGAGGAGUUAGAAAAGUCCGGUAAACCUGAGAAAGUUCUCCAGGUAUACGAGCAAGCUGUUAAUGUACUGCCUGAGAACUGCCAUCUGUUAACCAACUACGGCAGUACACUUUAUAAACAGGGUAAGCUGAUAGACGCAGAGAGGAUUCUACGUCAAGUUCUAAAUAUUGAUCCAGAUUUUCUUCUAGCCAAGGAUAGGCUGGAAAAUAUGGCCGCCACUCUUCUAGAUCGAUGGCACUUCCCAAUGCUGAAUGACAGAGACCGUAACAGCAAAUACCGAAGGGCUAUUCAUAAUAAAAUUCAGGGCGGCUGCAAGACCGUGCUGGAUAUUGGGACAGGAACCGGUUUACUCAGCUUGUAUGCUGCUGAAGCGGGAGCUUCAAGAGUUUAUGCUUGUGAAGCUUCUGAAGUUAUGGCGAUAACAGCUGCUGAUGUUUUUAGACUAAACCCCGGAGGUAAUGUGAUAAAGUUGUUACCAAAACUCUCAACUGACUUGACACAUGAAGAUAUUCCUGAACAUGUUCAACUACUGGUUACAGAAACUUUUGACGCAGGACUUCUAGGAGAGCAUGUUCUUCAAAGCUUACAGCAUGCCUGGAGCAACCUUCUCAUACAUCCGUCCUCUCCCGUCUCUGGUAUCCCUAACCCAACCUUCUCCAGUAGCAGAACUAUCCCGGCCGGAGCAGAUUUCUAUAUCUGUGGCCUGGAAUCCAAGUAUAUCAGAAACCAAACCAAAUAUGCAAAGGAUAGGUAUGGAUAUUUGGAUACACAAAACCUGGAUAUCCGUUCACAUUUAUUAUCUCAAAAUCCCAGGGAGCCUUACACCAGUGAGAGUCUAAGCAGUAUACCUGGAGGGUAUAAGCUACUGACCAAACCAAACCUUCUCUUUAGCAUAGAUUUCAACAACAAAACAGAGGUUGAUGAAUUAAGCCUGGUUGGAAGGGUAUCAGCUGUAGAUCUACCUGUAUCAGAGAAUGGAGACCUUGACGCCCUGGUUGGAUGGUUUACUCUGCAUCUAGAUGAGAAUGAGAGAAUAAAUACAGAGCCAGGUUCUGAAACCUGUUGGCAGCAAGCCAUCUUUCCUCUUAACCUUAUGCACAAUAAGGUGUACAAAACUGAAUCUGUGAUAUCUACUGAGUUCAAGAUACAUAAUCACGUGGAGCUUAACAAUUGUAAAAUUAGUACAAAACAAAAUGGCCUCCUAAACCCAUUAAACGGAAGUUUAUCUCUGCUAAAUGGUUUCCCAACCAACUCUGAAUCUAACGGACUAUCAUCCAAUGGACCAACAUUGUCCUCUAAUGGCUGUGCUGUAUCAUCUAAUGGACACUUUACAACAUCCAAUGGACGCUUGACGUCCUCCAAUGGGCACUUGACGUCUUCCAAUGGGCACAUAGAGUCCUCCAAUGGUAAACUGGAGAUUAGAAUCCCAAAGGAUUUGUUGUAUUUGCCUGAAUCUGAACUAAAGAGAAUAAACUGCUCUAAGCUAGAAGAAGUAUAUCAGUGGGUUGCCUACUAUGCUAUUAGAGAGGUAUGUUGUGAGAGUAUACUAGACUAUACCUGGAUGAUACCUCUUCUCUCUCUACAGAUAACUAAAUCCAUCCCAACCUCCAGGCUUAAUCUAGUAGUUAAUACUGAUGAGCGGGAGAAAGGUCGAGUAAUUCUGGAUUUUGUUUCCUCCACUGUAAAAUCUAACAACAUAGAUAUAUCCAGGAUAUCUUGUAUAACAGGAUUAGAGGGUGGUGGAGAAGAUAAGUAUAAUAUAGCGGUUGUAUCUCCAGUUCUCCAGUCUGGAAGAUUGGAUCAAUCCCUUCUCCAGUCUCUAGAUAUAGUACUGGGAUCCUUAGUACCUGGAUCAGGCAUAAUUCUACCUCAUAAACUCCAGCUCUGGUGCCAGAUUGUUGAGAGUGAAGAACUUUGUAAUUAUUCACAUCUAAGAAGCAAUGAACCUGUGUCAGGGUUUAAGAUUGCAGACCAGAUAAAUAUUCUUGCAGUAACACAUCUACAGGAUAUACAGUUCAAAACUAUUAAACGAAAAGAUCUAUCUGCUGUCAUAGAGGUUAGAAGUAUAGAUCUAAAUGUGUUUAAUCUAUCCAGACAAAUCAAAUCUAUUACCGUUGAUAUCAUUGCUACAGGUAGAGUACAUGGUGUUGUGUACUGGUUUGUACAGGACUAUGGAUGGGGUAUUCAACAAUCAACUUUGGAAUCUGAAGCUUGGUGCCAGGGGGUUGUGAUAUGUACUGAUAAAAGUGUGAAUGCUGGUGAUAAGGUUCAACUAGUAUCCCACCUAGAGCAGGGAAUACUAAACUUUACUAUCAAAUAAUGAGCAAAAAUAAAAAUAUCUUUAAAAAAAA